AUGGCGCCGACGAUUCACUGUGUUCGCCAUGCGCAAGGUUUCCACAACCUCAAUGUCGCCAACCACUCCAUGCACGAUCCCUUGCUCACUCCCCUCGGUGAAGAGCAAUGCCGCCUUCUCCAGAAGAACUUUCCCUACCAUGACAAGAUCGACGCGGUUGUAGCUUCGCCUAUCAAACGGACAAUCUACACUGCUUUGCUCGGCUUCGGAGACACUAUCAACAAGAAGAACCUGAAAGUCAUUGCCCUUCCCGAGUUACAAGAGACGUCAGACUUGCCAUGCGAUACGCCCAGCCCGCCCGAACAGGUUGCAAAGGAAUUCGCGGGACAGCCGGUGGACCUGAGCUUGGUGAAGCCGGGCUAUGAUAGCAAGCGAGGGAAGUGGGCACCAACUUCUAAGGCAAUCGAGAUACGGGCAAGAGAGGCAAGGCAGUGGUUCAUGCACAGGCCUGAGAAGGAGAUUGUGGUCGUGACUCACGGUAUGUCCACGCAUCUCCACUGCACUCCUGAUCACCACGUGCUGAUAUGAAACUUGAUCAGGUGGCUUCCUUCAUUACUUUACCGAGGACUGGAACGAUAACCACCGGUUUGCCGGCACUGGCUGGGCCAACACAGAAUACCGCUCCUACACCUUCUCCACAUCUGACCCCGAGCAAGCCCACCUCAUCGAGACUCCCGAGUCUAGAGAGCGUCGGAAAGCGGAAGAAAAGCCACUCGACAAGGAAGAAUAUGUCAAUCUCGAGCGAACAGUGAGCAAGGAGCGCAAGGAGCGGCAAGCAAAGACUCAACAGACACAAAAGAUUCAGGCAAAGGUAUAG